AUGCUACAAAAAUUAUCUUUAAGUAAAAAAUUUGAAAUUAUGGCUUACUUUGAAAUGGGCAUAAAACAAAAAGAAAUUGCAAAAAAGUUCUUGAUAAGCCAAUCGACAGCUUUUAAAAUAAAGCAAAAAUUAAUAAAACAGGACAAUAUGAAAGAAAAGCAGGUACUGAUAGAUCUUUACUACUUACUUGCAUUGAUAUAUCUUAUUUGA